AUGCCAUCGGAAUCCGGGAAUCAAUCAUGGCAUCCAGCAUUUAUGCCAAAUGCCACCGCAGAUAUAAUUACCGCGAAACCUGCCUCAAUACCGAUCGCAGAUGCGGAACCGGCCAGUGACCACGAGCUUUUGAACCCUCCGUCAGCCACUAGGGAAGAGCCGGCAGUUGGAGAUAAUACAACAUUCGAUGAGGAAAGGGAUUUAGACGUAGAAGAGGAUGGAUCGGGAGAAGACAAUACGCACCAUCCUGAAUUAUCCGAUCUGCGAAAUGCGCUCACUUCAUCAUUGAAAAGCCCGGGAGGUGUGGAAAUGGAUGAAAGUCCAUCGCAUGAAGGAAUAGAAACAAACGUCGCUCAGGAAGAUAAAGCAGAUUUUCCAACCACAGGGCCUUCGAACGAUAUUAAGCAUGUUAGCACGAAUUCCUUCGCGAGGACAUCGCAUGAAGUAAGUUGGGGUGAAGAUGAUGAAGUAGACUCGGAAUGGAAUCUAUCGCGCACAAAUACAGAUCCUUUCAGGAUGAUGCCCAAAUCCGAUCGAACGAACUCUUUUCCCGUGGUACCUCCUUCUCACGAGCAAGAAACUCUACACACUAUACCACAUUCUCAAGCCGAGGAUAUUAUGAAUGAGAUGGAACAGUCACCGCGUAAUGUGUCUUUCGAUGAGGCGCAUGAUGGUGGUGGGGAUUUCUUCACACAACACAACUCGGGUGACGCUUUUGAUGAAGUUCCACAUGAUGUUGAAGAAACACAAGCUGAAUCGGAAUCAGGAGAUUCACCAGAUUACGGUCAAUCUUAUGGUGGAGAUGUCAAACAAGAAGAAGAUGAGGAGUCUCGCGCACGAUUUGAGGAAGGAAUUCCUCUAGUUCAGUCUACUGAUCAAGCGCAAACCGGCACAGAUCACUCCAUCCUCCCAAAUAAUGAAGACAAUGCUGAAGAAGAGAACGAAUUUUUUGCUCAAGUUGCUACAUCAGCUCCUGGGGAAUUAGAUGUAGGUCAAGCUUCACUGGAAAGGAAAUCAACUAUGCAAGUCAUGGAUUCACUACAGUUCCAACAAGACGACCGAACGCUAGAGGCGACGCCAGAACUUUCAGAAACUCGGGAUGAUUCCCCAGAGCCAGUUACGAAUAAUGAGAAUGUCCCAAAAAAUGCACUCGAUGUAUUCGACGGCCCUGAUUCCGAAUUUCCGGCGAAUUUAGGCGAGGGAAUUGAGGAGGCGACCGGCGAGGCUAGUAGUGAGGAUUUAGCGGCGAAAUGGCAAGCAGCAUUGGACGAUGAGUUUCUGGACGAUGACGACGAGCUCUUACCAGAUGAUGACGAGGAAACUGAAGAUAAGGCGGUCGAUCCAGCCGCUUUUUUCGGGAGCGAUGAUGAAGGAUUUUUAGAUGACACCAACGAUGCCAUUAAUUCGGACAUCAACGGCUCCAAUGGUCACGUGUCUGGAUUCGAUGCUACUACUGAAGCGAAACCAAGAAGUACGAGCAAUCGAUAUAUUCCGGCAGGGGCAGCUCCGACAGUUCAACCGCAGACUAAUAAGUCUUUUGCUCCAGUGGCACCUUUCUUGACUGAUCUUUCCAGAUCAAACACUACUCCGGAAACUUCUUUGCCAUUCAACCCUGCUAUCGCUAUGGGAAAUUACCCAGUCCAGCAGCAGCAACGUCCAGAACUACCUAAAGCUCAAAGUUUUGCCGAUAAAGCAAAAGGAGGCUAUGCAUCUCCUUAUGAUUUGCCAAUGGAGGUUGUAAAACCUCGUAAACGUGUAAGUACAAAUCAAAUGAAUCGUGGGUAUAACGCAUCAGCACCGCCAGCUCCACCUAGAGCCAGCAGUAUGAAUAUUCCACCACCAAGUGCAUAUCCUCCUCAGCAACAGCAGAAACCUGCGAUGAACACUCCCCCAGUUGUACCGAAUACUCAGAAACCAAAAUCCGGAGCAGAUAGUGGUUUUUUCGAGGAUCUCCCUAUCCUUUCCAGACCCAAAGUCGCUCCUAGACAUCAAACCACCCCUGCUCCCGCAUCGUCGCAGUAUAUCCCGACUGCAACUACCGGACCCCAACAAAACUAUGCAUCAAUUUCUGGUCAACCAUAUUCCGCUCCAAUUCAUCAAGAAGCCACUAUGCGACAACCCCCCUCCCUUCAGCCACCAAUGCAAUCACCAACAAUGGUGCAAGGCUUGGUCGCCCCUGAGCGUGUGAAUCCUUAUGCUCCUAUUCCAUCUGCAGGUCAACAGUUGCCAACCACUGUACCUUCCGUUACAUCACGUUAUUCUCCAGCGCCGCCACCAUUAACUCAUUCAACUAGUGCCCCAGCUCCAAUCCCACAAUCUAGAUACUCCCCUGCUCCUCCCCAACCACGUUCGCAUUACACUCCACAAUCUUCAGCGCAUCUUCAAUCACCUCCACAAUCGAUAUUGCCACAUUUGCCUCGCACUUCGAGUCCCUUGGCUCAUUUUGAGAGGAGUCAAGAUGGUCGUGGGCAUGGUGCUGGUGGAGAGGUACCAAAUUACGAUCGCCGUAGCUCAUCAGGGUACGAGCCAAGUCUAAGAGCACAUCCACUUCCGCCAACCAGAGAAGUUGAUGAAAAUGAUGGUAGCGUGCCGCAUACCCCGGUUUUUGAUGAACAUCAGAAGUCAUUUAGUUCAUCCGCGCAGGGAAUGAAUUCUGUUUCUCAGACUUCUCCUAGUUCGAGUAUUGCAGCUCGUAUGGGGAGAUCACCACCUAAACGAACAGGUUCAACACAAUACACGCCACAACAUCCUUCCAAUACUCUAAGUCCAGCUCAAGUUCAUGGCUUUGUUCCACCGCCGAGAUCUCAUACACAAUCUCCUGGUAGAGCUUUCGGUGGAUCUCGACUUGAAAUGAGCAUUGCUGAGCCAUAUCAAAGGCCUGCUUCUAUUGAAGCUCUAUCUCCUAGGAAUGCAGCUGCUUUUACACCUACUCAACCGAUAUUUCAUGCUCCUAAACGUUCAAGGGCGCCAUCUUUAACCAGUUAUGUCGCUCCUACAGAUGGACGGGAACACGAUUCUUUACAAAGAUGGAAGGGUUGUCCUGUUUUCACUUGGGGUGUUGGAGGUACCAUGAUUACAUCUUUCCCCGUGGAUGUACCGAGGUACGGUAUGACUUCAACAACACCAAUGGUUGUCAGAAGUCCUGGAGAAGUAAAGGUUCGCAAUGUCAAGGAUCUUGAUCCACUAGAAAGCAGAUUGACUAGCUUCCCUGGACCAUUAAAAGGUAAGGCAAAGAAAAAGGAAGUUCUUAGUUGGCUGACCUCCGGUAUUGAGAUCUUGGAACAAAGUGCAUCUUAUUUGAGGUCAAUUCGAGUUUUGUCUCACGAUGACAAACGUACUGAAGAACGUUUACUGUUGUGGAAGAUAUUACAAGUCUUUAUCGAGAAUGACGGAAUUCUAGAAGGAAACCCUAGUGUUGAAAAAGCUGUCAGGGCUGUCCUUUCCCCAGGUAUUGACGAUGAGGUUGGACAAGACUCACCUUUGUACGCAACUGGAGCGGACCUCUCUGGAAUCUCAUCAUCGUCCGCAACACUAACACGGGCUGAUCCUGUGGAUCCUGCUGCCGUAGAUCAAAUGAGAAAGCAUCUAUUAAGGGGUGAACGAGAGAAAGCUGUGUGGGAAGCUGUUGAUAAACGACUUUGGGCACAUGCAAUGUUGAUCUCAAACACCGUAUCGAAAGAACUUUACAAGCAAGUUGCCCAAGAAUUCGUACAAAAGGAAGUCAAGAAUGUCGGUGACAACACUGAACCUCUUGCCGCCUUGUAUGAGAUAUUUGCUGGUAAUUUUGAAGAGAGUAUAGAUGAGCUUGUACCUCCAUCUGCUCGUGCUGGUUUCCAAAUGGUCAGCACAUCUACAUCAUUAGGUCCGUCGAAAGAUGCACUGGAAGGUCUUGAUAGAUGGCGUGAGACUCUUGGUCUUGUUCUCAGUAACCGAAGUACAGAUGAUACUAAGGCUUUGGCUGCUUUGGGAAAGCUUCUUUCCGGUUAUGGUAGGGCUGAAGCUGCACAUAUUUGUUACUUGUUCGCAAGAAGUUCAUCUGUAUUUGGUGGUAUUGAUGACCCAAGUACAAAUAUGGUUCUCAUCGGUUCUGAUCAUUUGAGGCAGCCUUUUGAUUUUGAUAGGGAAUUGGAACCAGUACUUUUAAGUGAAGUAUAUGAGUAUGGUUUAUCGCUGUCAAACACUUCUAGUAUUGUAGCAUCUAAUCCACAUUUGGCGGUUUACAAAUUACACCACGCUGCAGUUCUGGCGGAGUAUGGGCAUCGACAGAAGGCUUUAGAAUAUUGUGAGAGUAUUGCUUCAACCAUUACUUCUCAAACAAGACGAUCACCAUAUCAUCAUGCCCAAUUGGUUUCAUCACUUGAUGAUCUUAGCAAAAGAUUAAAAUCAUCACCAAAGGAUGAAAAUGGUUCUUGGAUUUCAAAGCCUAGCAUUGAUAAAGUAUCCGGUUCUGUAUGGGCAACAUUCAAUAAGUUUGUUGCUGGUGAUGAACAAGAUACUACUGAUGCUAUGUCAAAUGCUGAAAGUUCCGCUGAUGUUGGUCCAUUCGCACGUAUUGCUGGUGGCACUCCAACUAUAAGUCGAUCACCAUCUGUUGCUGAUAUUUACGGUAGCUCUUACAAUGGAGGAGGAGCUUUGGGUAUUAAUGGAAUUCUGCCACCAGCUCAACAAACGAAAGCUUCUUCACGAUACGCUCCAGGUUCUACAUAUACUCCCCAAGGUUCAUACGAACCACCAAGUUCUUCACAUGGUUCUCAAUCUCGAGCUUCAUUUGAAGGCGGUAGGUCCUCAGGCGAGUUCCGUCGCAACAUGUAUGAACCACAAAAACAAAUGUCUUCAGAAAGUCGUCCAAUUUCACAACAAUACAAUCAAGCUUCCAGCUUCACAUCUCAAAGUGCUGGUUACAGUCCAUAUACUGGAGGUGAUUCUCCUUAUACACCACAAACUAGUUCAAUGGAAAUCCCAUCAGCUCCUUUUGAAUCACCCCAGCCUAUAAGUUAUGAUGGACAACAAACAUAUCAACCACAUAUGGCAAACCACGAAUCAUCCGGUAGUGGAUACGAGCCUCCAUCAUCAACUGGAUAUGAAACGCCAACUGGGUAUAACACACCAACUGGAAAUUCUUAUGAGCCACCAUCAAGUACAGGAUAUGAACCACCGUCAUACGGACCCAAUUCUAUGGAACAACCCGAUUCACCUAUCAGCACAAAACCAAAGAAAAGUUUUAUGGAUGAUGACGAUGAUGAUAUACCUGCAUUAAAGGCACGUCCAGAGACUACACGAGAAAAGACUAAGGCGGAAAAAGAUCGGGAAGCUGAUGAGGCUUUCCGAAAAGCUGCUGAAGCUGAUGCCGCAAAAGAUAAAAAGCCCGCCCCACAAAAGAAAGGUUGGGGUCUUGGCUGGUUUGGAGGGGGCAAAAAAGAAGCCUCUACCACCGAGUCGACACAGGAGAAGAAAGCCAUUAGAGCUAAGCUUGGUGAAGAAAGUAGUUUCGUUUAUGAUCCUGAUCUUAAGCGAUGGAUCAACAAAAAAGCAGGUGCUGAAAAUACACCCUCUCCAUCAGCAACUCCACCUCCACCAAGAGCUGCAGGUCCGCCCAGAUCAGCUAGCGGUACCGUAAUCCCAAGCGCAACAGGUAGCAUAAGCAUGCCUCCCCGAUCCGUAAGCUCCGCAAGUGCACCGCCUCGAAGAGCACUUAGCGGAUCUGACGAUAGCGGAAUGACGGUUGAUGGUGGAUUAGUUAAACCUCCCAUGGCACCUGCAAUGGCUAGGACACAGAGUAAUGGAAGUGCAAUGGGUGGCAAUUUAAGUGGAUUAACUAGUACAGGGAGUGCACCGCCCAGUAGACCAAAUACGGGUAUGAGUAAUGCGUCGAGUAUUGAUGAUUUAUUGGGUCCUCCUAGUGCGGGAGGUAGAAAGGGGACGGUUAAGAAGGGAAGGAAGGGUAGGGGGUAUAUUGAUGUUAUGGGUGAUAAGGCGGGUGGAAGUAGUGGGAGUUUGGGUUAG